AUGGAUUUUGUCGCGGUCGAGCGAUUUGGUCGGCCAAAUUGUUUUGGCCGAGAGAAUUUCGGCCGAGGCCGAUCGUUUGUUUCCCGGAUCGACCGGCACGGUCGGUCCGUUCCGAUACGAAAUUUCCGAGCCGAUCCGUUGCCGAUCGCGGCCGCUCUUUUCGGUCGUGCGCGCGAACGUUUCUGUCACGCAAUAGAUGAAUCCGGCCGAGCACGAGCUAUUCCUUCCCGGCUCGACCGUAACGGUCGGCCAGAUGAGAAUUGCUCGGCCAAAAUUCUUUUGCGCGUCCGCGGCCAAUGUUUUGGCGCGGAUUGUGUUUUCACACCUUUUUCUCCUUCUAUCCUAUCUUAA